GGGCGGCCGGGCACGGGAAAGUCGCACAACUAGCGGUGGGCGGCUAGACGCGAAAAAACCUCUUCGAGGAGGGAAGAUGGCCCGGUGAGGAAGGAGGGAGAGGCGAUGGGGGUAUUGAUGUUGUUGGAGUGUGGGAGAUGCGCCGGAAGCUUGAUCCUCGUCGUCGCUACUAGGCGGAAGCUACCUGGCCUAGUGCUGGGUCGAUGCUCAUGGCUGUUUAUUGGGCGGAGCACGGCAGCUGUCAAUCUUGUGCGCAUCAGCCACGCUGUCUCAUGCAUGUCCCAACACCCAGUCAGUGGCCUGCACAUGGCCGGCCUCCGCAUCUGCAGAAUGCCACCAGCCAAUGGCCCCCUCUGAAUAUCUUCCGAUGCGCUUUUUGACCCACGUCGUCAUCAGUAUGGCGGAUACGCAUCUGAAGUCGAUGCUGUUGUGUCAUCGUGUUUGUUGUCGUUGU